CCGCAGAUGUCGCCACGCGUAUCGCCGACGUGCACUCUGGGAUAGCUUUGCUCUCUCGUUGGCUGUUCGGUGUUCGUUCUACGCUCGCUGCUGAUCUUGCUGUGUAGCUGCGGCGGUUUAUGUGGCCUAUAUUAUCCUCACCGGCGCGCUAGACUACGCCAAGUGUGUCCUGAAAACAUCUACCGAGGGUCCCCCACGUGAGCCCAGCAGUCGCAUCGAGAGCUUUGAGCUUCAGGGGUCAUCGCCGUUGAUUCUUCACCCGACCUGCGGAAGCAGCAGCAAAGUGACCACAAGCCAUGGAUCACACGGACGGAAGUGGAAGCAACAAACGGGAGUCUACUGAUGACGGGCGAGCUGAUGGUGAGGCUCCAAGCAAGCGUCCAAGGAACACUGGGGGAGGCCGUGCUGUUGAUGUGCGCUUUCUGCUCCAGAGCAGAAAUGCUGGUGCCAUCAUUGGCAAAGGUGGUUCCAACAUCAACAGCCUGAGGAAAGAGUACAAAGCAAGCAUUUCCGUGCCAGACUGCCCCGGCCCAGAACGGAUCCUUUCCAUUGUGGCUGACGUGGACACUCUCGGGGAGAUCCUGCUCAACAUCAUUCCCAAGUUGGACGACCGUUCGAUGCAGUUUGCUCAACACACUGGCCAGAAUGGAGGGUCAGAAAGUGAAAUGCGCCUGCUCAUGCAUCAGAGCCAUGCCGGCUGUAUUAUUGGUCGCGCAGGAUGCCGCAUCAAGGAACUCCGUGAGUCCACAGGAGCCAACAUCAAAGUUCAUGGCAGCUGCUGUCCAGGAUCCACUGAGCGCAUCGUCAAAGUAACUGGCUCACCUUCAGUGGUGGUGGAUUGCAUCAAGCAGAUAUGUGACAUUGUUGGACAGGCUCCUAUCAAGGGUCUGAACAAGCCGUAUGACCCCCACAACUUCGACCCUGAGUUUGCCCAGGAAUAUGGUGGCUUUUCUGAGGGAGCCACAGGUGGAGCCUCUGGAGGUGGUGGAUCACUUUCUGGGAUGUCCGUCGGUCCAACUCGCGGCAGCAGCAGCAGAAGUGGUGGCAGUAUGUCCUUUUGGCGUGAUGAGCCCGUGGAUGCCUUUGCCCGAGGAGGCAGAGGCCCUAAGCGUGGACCUUGGGAGGCUAGCCCACAGCUGCCCCCGCACGCCUUCGCGGAUGAGCCAACGCGCCCCUGGCACUCCCCGCCAUCGCUUAGCUCUGGUGGCAUGCACAGGGACCUGGAGCGUUCAUACCGAGGAGGCGGAGGCAUGCCAAGGACUGGCAACUAUGGCAGGGGCAAUUACAAUGGAAGAUAAAGAACCUGUGGCACGAAAUGGAAAAAAAAAAUUGGGCUGGUGUUGUUGGUGUAUUAGGAUUUGGCACUGAGAAUAUCUCCACCACGGGAUGCCUGCCUGCCCAUUGUUUUGCAGUGUCGUUCACUUAAAAGCAGACUUACAUGCCUGUUCACACCCAGGGGGUAUUGGCUGGCAGCUGGAGGGAUCAUCAUUGGUUUUUUAUUUUUUUUUUUGUUAGUUUUUGUUGUUUAUUUUUUCAUUGCACACCUCAUAAGUAUUGACAGAGUGGAGCUACAGCCGAUCAGCAGAUUAUUCACACAUUGAGAACGAAUUGAAGCCGUCAAAAUGUCAUCCGCCCACUUGUUGCAGCAUGGCACCUUUCCAGUGCAAAUAUGCUUUUUUUUUUACCAGACUGUUUUAGUUGUUUCCAAGGUGCUGCAGUUCAUCUUUGAUGCUGUGUACAAAAAGAAAAAGGAAUAAAAACUCUUUAAAUAUGUUUGGGUCACUGCCAA